AUGCCGCACUUAAGGUUGGGGAAAGUGGUAACUGCCGCUGAGGUGAAGUCGGCUGACGAGAUGGUCACCAGCCCAAGUCAUCCGGGUGCGGGGGUAAGACGUGAGCCAAAGAAGAAGUUGGUGGUCAAGCAGAGUCCUCGCAAGGCACCAAAGAGAAAACUGGAUCAGCCCUUGUCUUCCUGUCUGCAACCCGACGUGCUCUCCAGUGUUCCCUGUGAGCAACAUGCUCCUCCUGUGCCUGUGCAGGAGGAGCAAGCAAAGGGAAGAUGGAAAGUGAUUGAGCAAGACUCUGGUACGCAGGCUGUGAAGAAGCUUAAGGCAAAUCAAAACAGAUCAGAAGAUUCCCAGGAAAAGGAACCUCACUACUCUGGGUCUCCUACGGUGGCUACUUUAGGUGAGCCUCAAACCAAGAGCUUUCCGUGCCAUCCUGUAACAAAAAAGUCUGGUGUGCAGUAUAAAAAAAGGAAACCCAGAACUAAUCAACUCAAGGGCUUGCGCAGUUCUAGCGUAACUACAGCUGAAAAAGUGACAAAUGGAUCUGCAAAAUGUGAUGCUGAACAUGGCAGAAAUGCCCUAAACCAUUGUGACGGCUUGCUCUGUGCAACAGUAAAGAAUCCGUUUGUGAGUUUAGAGGACUGUAUCAAUACGUUUGUAAACUCUUCAGCUAGUGGAACUACCAGCAGUUGUAAAAUAAGUGGAUUCUUACAUGCAGCCCAGGAUAAGAGAAAGGAUGUUCUUGCUGAUGAUGCUGUGGAACAGAGUGAUAUGAAUUGCAGCACUAGUAGAACAGAAGAGGAGAGAUCACCCAUAAAAGGUGGUUUGUUGUUUAAUGAAGAAGAAAAAACUCAAACCAGAGGAGGGUGUUUUUCAAGCUGCCAGGGUGAAAACAGUAAGCCUUUAAGGGGGGAAAAGGGGAAGAUUGGUAGAAAGCAUAGAAGAAAGAUGAAAAUCACUGAGAAACCAGCAGUGCAGAAUAUUUUCACAGAUACGGCUAAUGAAUGCAGCAAGUGUGAGUUAAAAACAGAAGCGGCAGUUGCCACGUCAAGCUCCUUCACAGUCUUGGGGCUGAAUCCCAAAGAAAUUAGUCUGUCAGCUUCAUAUGAUCAUACAUCAAAUCUUCAUACAGGAAGAAAUACUCAUGAAGCACAAAAUACAUCAGUCUGGAGAAAAACUAAUACCGAACUACUUGCAUUUGAAGAGGGCUUUAAGAAGACACCUGAGCUGUCUGUAAUAGCGAAAGAAGAAAAUUCAGAGAGUGUGGCGCAUCAUUCUGCUGCCUCAGGUAGCCUGAGAGGGGUAGCUCGGGUCCGUGAUGGUUCUAAUUGUCACAAAAGCAAGACAGAUGGGAAACGGAACAAAGUUAAUAAGAAAUCGCAGCAGUUUUCCUGUCAAAGAACAGUACCUAUGACCAGUAAACGUGUUUGGCCUGUUGAAUCUUGUGCCAGGAUUUCUGUAUGGGUUCGUAAAAAUCAUGAAUCCAUCUCAGAAAGAAAAAGACUUUUAGGGGCUGUCUUCGAGAAAUCCUCUGAUAAAAGCAGUGCUAAAGCUGUGUUAAACACUGGAAACAUGACAAAAUUCAAAAUUCCUUUAUGCAGAAACAAACCUGAACCCAGGAAAUUGGAAUCUCUCUAUUCAUUGGAAAGAAAAACCUGUAGUCCACUAGAGCUUCUUGAGAGCACUAGUGUUUCAAGAAAGCAGAAAAUGGCUGAAAAGACUUCUUUGGUAAAUUCCAAGCAGCAGCGUUUUCCUGUUGCGAGUGAUGCUACGUCUACAGCUUCCAUGAAGAAAAAAGUGGAUGAGAUCCAUAGUACGGGAUUUCAGCACAUUGGUUCUGGAAACCUUUCAAAUGAGAUGUUUGCAGUCCCUGAAUGUUUUAGUUCCUAUCCACAACCUUUUCUUGACAGACAGCUAGAGUCAUCUGUGCCCAAUUUACAUGGUACUGAAUGUGUACUAAAAUCUAAUUUUCCUGAUUAUUCUUGGAAUUCAGUUGAACACCCUGUUGCAUUAGAAAUAAAUAAUGACAGCAGAUCAAGAGGGAAUCUUCCACAGCACAGAAGUCAACAUUUUCCAGAUAUCCUUGAAGCUUACAAAGAAGAUGUUCUUGUCAUUGAUGUGAUUCAGGAUGACCCUGAACUUUUUGGAACCAGUAAUAAAGAGGAUCUUGCUCUUGAAGGCUGUGAAAAUUUUCCUGUGAAGACAUCCUAUACUAGCAUCUGCAUUAAAGACACAAAGCAAGAUCAUAAGCCUGAAUAUCCUGUUAUCUCCGAAGACACACAUUCACUAGAUGAUAAUUUUAGACGCAUUACCACACAAGAAUCUGGAACGUCAAAUGAUAUUGAAAAUUCCUGUGAUUGGGUACUAAAAGAUAAGUGUGUUAGAACCCACAACUUCCCCGGAGGAAGCAGUCCUUUGGGAGGUGUUGCUGAGGACUUUCUUGAAGAUAGGCAACUGAGAGAACCAGAUGAUCUUUUAAAGAGUUUUGACACGGAUGAAAAGGCUCCUUAUUCAGUCGAGCUGAUGCUUGAGAUGAUUGAAUUGCCCCGUAAAUACUGCAGAUUUUAUUUCCUGACUCUGCGCGGGUGUGAAAGAGCAAAGUGCUGGUUUGCGCAUGUUCCUGAACAAGGGGAUGAAAAGAUUUGCAUGUCAGUACUUAGGACAUACAUUAAUGUCAAAGGAUCAGGCCUUCUAAAACGUGCAGCCCAAAUAUUUGUGAAAUAUUACACAGAAGUUACUCCUGGUGUGGAUUUUUCUUCUCCAGUGCUGAAUGAUCUUCUCAUUUCUUUGCUCAAGAGCAGUUUGUUGCAGGAAGUAUUUCAGAUAUUGAAUGUAACAGUACAAAUCCAUACACUGCCAGCUGUAGAUGUUCUUCUGAAAGUUUUUCAGCAUGUGGCUUCUCUGAAUUUAAGAGGCGCUGUGCCUACAUUAAUCAGUACCCUUUGUAAGCUCGUUGAUGCUGGUAUGUGCCUUGAGUUUGAACACUUUCACUAUAUUAUUAAGUUCCUUCACCAAUUGCAAGCUUCCAGUCAGGAUAUAAAUACUGUUUUGAACAUAAAAUCCAGUCUACCCCAGGUAUAUCUCUUGAAUUUUAAUAUAUGUUCUGGAAGCACGUUUGCUUAUGUUUAUCCUUUGCCACCUUUGCAGUAUUGCAAGGUAAAACGUGAUUGGACCAAGCUGGCAGCUUUGUAUAUUAAUGCAAGAGCUGGAUGUGAGAAUUUUUGUGAUCUUCAGAAGUUGUCUUUAUAUAUCGCUGAAAUACUAACCAGAGAUUCUGAGACACACAUGCCAGGAGUUCCUUUUUGUACUUUUGCUGAUGCAGUCUUAAAAAAGAUACAGUGUAAGGAAGGAGACAGAACUUUCAUUGGAAGGACUGGGAUAAGUGUAAUGUAUUCUUAUCACAAAGUACAGCAGUGGAUAAAGGGAAGGAAGGUUUUGGAUAAAUUAUAUGAGUUACAGAUACAUUUUACAGUCUUGAAAGGAAUUUUAGGUGCAGAGAGGUUAGCAUCAAGAUGUCAGAUUGUUAAUAAAGCUGCAGAAAUUUUUAUUAAAACUGGAAGUUUGGAUGGAGCGACAUGGGUAUUGAGAGUAUCAAAGUGGACCACAAAUGUACCAGCGUGGCCCUGUGGUGAUGUGGACAUCCUUGAUCGACAUCAUCUGAUGUAUUCGCUAGUGCACAAAUACUUGGGGAAGAGUUUACACAGGCAGGCAUAUGAAGUUCUGCAGAACUUACCGGGUUUCCAGGACUAUUGUGAUACUGUAAAUGUUUCUGAGUACAGCUGCCUUUUUAAUAAGCUGAUACGUGCCUGUUUUGAGAGCAAGAACCUUGGGGUCUCAUCUUCUGCAGUAGACUUCAUGCUUUCAAAAAACAUAGCUAUUGAAUUUUCUUUACUUAGAGGAUUAAUCACAGCUUUGGGAAGAAGGUCUUUGUGGUCUAAAGCUAGGACCUAUUACAAAAGUGCUCUAUCACUGGGUUGCUACCCACCACUGCACGAAAGUUUAUAUCACAAACUUUUGAUAAUUCCAUCUUACCUGUCUGAGGUGGAGAUGCUGCUGGUCAUUGAAAUAUUUCUUGUUUCAAAUGCCAGUGAUAUUCAGAGUCCAGUGGCGACUAGUCAGACUCUUCAGAUAAUACUGAAAAGGUGUGAAGACCAGACGGUUGACAGUAAUGGUGACUACCAAGUGGCAGUGGAGAGACUGAUCGUGGCUGCUCAUUUAUCUGAUCCAAAGCUUUUCCUUAAGCAUAUUACAAUGAAUGUUAAUUUGGAAGAAGUUUACAGCUUGGAGUUUUCAUCUGCCCUAAAAUGGCUUCAGGAGAACAUGAAGUGGGCUGGGAAGGUCUGGCUGUUUGACCAGUAA